UGAAGCAACAAUAAUAGUAAAUCAACAAAAUGGCAAAAAAAUUAAUUGAGGCUGGUGAAAUACAUAUCAUGGACAUUAGUAAAAAUGUGGACAAUUUCGGUCAUAUUAGAAACCAUUUGGGAAAAUUGAAACGACUGCAGAAAAAUAAAGAAAAAGCUAAUAAAACUUGUAGAAUUGUCAUGACCAAAAACCAAGCUUUUAAUUUUUACAAAACAAAUUUUCAAGCUGUGAAUAAUCCUAUGAAAGUGAAGAAAACUAAAUCGGUGAAAAUAAGUGUAACAAGGAAAACCGGACUCGAUUUUCAUCUUUACGAAAUACUCCAUGAUAAUAAAACGGGAGAUGAUAAUCCAUUAAUUUUUGCUCCCUAUACUUGGGAUGGAAGGGAAAUAAUUUGGACAAAUGAAAAUAAUAGACGCAGAGUAAAUGACAUCAAACUUUGGAGUUUUAUACUCACACAAUAUGAGAAACAAAUGAAAUAUUCUUCAAUUUACCUAAAUGCCAAAGUGAAGAAGUAUUUCCUUAAGAUUCUACGUUUUAAAUUGAAUGUAAACUUUCCGGAAAUUGACGUUGGCGCCAUACCAAUAAUGAAAUGCAUUAACAGUAUGCUAAUGGAAGCUUUACGAAUCUAUCGAAUAUUUGAAGGUAGGGAAGAAGAAAUCUCUUUGUGGUAUUAUAAGUUUUUUAAAAGAAUAUUCCCAAAUGAAUUUCAAAACUGAAAACUGGCCUUAAAUAUCAAAAAAUCAGAUGCAAACGAAAUUUUUUUCAAAAAGUAUAUUUUUCAUUUUUAAUUAAAAUAAUUGUUGAUUUUAUUAAAUGAAAAGACCAUUUUAUUUUAUAAUUUUGUAUAUUUUUUUCGAAAAAUUUAUGUAAUAUUGGUUAACAUUUGUUAACAAAAAUGCAGUUCUAAAGACUAUUAAAAAUAUAGCUUUAAUUGAAUGCCUUAUAUACUAAACCUGAGCUAUAUGAUGCUAGGUAAAGUGCAAAAUAUACCAUUCUAUCUUUUUGACAUUUUAUGUACUAGAUACAAGUGAAUUAACUUUUGUUUUUAUAACAUUUUAAUCAUGGUUUGAAGUAAAUUUUAAGUUUUGUUGCUAUCAUAAUUAAAGAAGUUAGAAAAUUUAUGUUUUGCCCUUUAUCCCCUGAGGUUA